AAACUGUGUACCUUCAUUGCCCAGGCAACCACUGGGCUCUUCUCUUCAGUAAGAAUCACCUGAAACUGGACAUGUCUGAAUUCUUAAAACAGCCCAUCUUUACUCUGCUAUGAACCAAAGGCUGGCAGAUGUGGUCAGAGCCUACAUCCAGCUGCCAGGCCCUCCACAGACUCGCAGCAAACAAGAAUCCCUGUCUAUUUCUUUUCUCCCAGAAAAAUAACUUAAAGCAGUUGCUUUGGCUCCUUGGAUUCUCUCCCACCUUGAGACAGAGCCCUGUACCUCUUUUGCUGAAUUCAGGGCUGCUGUCUGCUUGUUGGGAUCAUGGUGAAGGAGAGGACAAAGCCCCUUGCUCACUGGAAGAGGGAUGUAUUAAGCACUGCAACACCAGUCCUGAGCUGUUAGCAGUGGAUUUUGAAACCUGCUCAAGUGUGAGUAUCCGAAUGUCCCCCCUAUGAGCUUUUGGCACCAAGACAUGGCUUUACAUGUGCUGUAAAUGCUUCUAGCAAGGAGAGCAGUCACUGAGGAAAUGAAAAGCGUCACCCUCAUCUGGGAAACCAAACUGUUAAAAAAGCAUGUAAUAAAGAAACGACCCGAAGACGUCAGCACCAACUGCAAAGGCUGAUGGGAUGGUGUCUGUGACCAUGUUCUGUGCCUCAGGAUCCAUGCCCUGUGAAACAGCCAAGGAAAAGGUCGGAUGCAAAACGGACAGUGUACCGGACCGGAGGAAAAAGCCAGGGAAAAACAGGGAAAGGAGGGGCUUCGACUUCCUGGUGAUCUACUUGCUGCUCCUGCUGGCCUUCGCUGGAAUGGGGCUGAGCAUGUUUCGAAUUUUUCACCUGGAGAAGGAACUGGCUGAACUCAGAGAGUCUGCCAGCGCUGAACACAUCCCUCCAGCUCUGGAGAAACUCAUAGGGCAGAAGGAGUCAAUGAAAAAAGAAAGAAAGGCAGCACACUUAACAGGGAGCCCAUCCCAGCAAGGCCUCCCUCUAGAGUGGGAGCCCAUCUCUGGCCAUGCCUACACCAGUGACAUUCAGUACCGUGACCGGGGGCUUGUCAUCAAUGAGACCGGGCUGUACUUCGUGUACUCCAACGUGCUGUUCCGGGGCAAUGUCUGCGACAGCCAGGUGCUCACACACAUUGUCUACAAGAGAAACCCGAGCUCCCCCGGCAGCUACGUGCUGAUGGAGGACAAAGGCAUCAACUACUGCACGGGUCACAGGACGUGGGCCCGGAAAAGCAACCUGGGGGCUCUAUUCAGUCUCAGGAAGAUGGACAGUGUGCACGUCAAUGUCUCCAAAAUCGCUCUGGUUAAUUUUGAGGAAUCCAAGACUUUCUUCGGCUUGUUUAAGCUUUGAAAUGGAGUGUGGCCAGCAGCCCCCCCUCACACACACCCUAGGAUGUGAGGGCUGCCUGAGUGCAGUGGCCAAACCAGGGUCACACACCACAAAACUCACCAAGAAACCAUGUUUUGGCCUUCAGUGUGAAAGAGUUCAAGCCACUGGCAAAGGCUUGAAAGCAGACACCUGGGAAGCACCAGAGCUGUAUUGUGUCAACCUGAAGAGAACUGGACAUGUUCUCCUUACAAAGAAACCCCCAACAAACUCAAAAUGUGAUGUGCUGAAGACCCCAUUGAAACUCACUACUCGCUACCUGAGAAGAGGCUGGGGCCUGCGCCUCACAUGGUGUCAUGGCCCUGGUGAGCUUGGGCCAGCAGAGACAGCUGGUGGGAGUUAUGGAGGUCCCUUGAGCCAGGACUGCAAGUGCCUGGGUUGUGCCACACUGCAGGGAGUGGUGUGGGAAUGAGUAGUGCCAACAACUGCUCACCCCGGGCCAUGGCUGCCCACCCUGCCUGGGCACGGGGCUCUGUGCUUGCUGUCUGACAGGCACCUGCCUGCAAGCUGGGCUGUUACAGCUGGUAUGUUCUUUUUGUGUUUAGUUAUUGAACUGUUCCCAUCCCAGAAAAUGCUCCUCAACCCCUUUAUUUAACUCAUCCUGACUGUCUUGCAAGGAACAUGCUAGAAGCAAUGGUGGCAUGAGGGGAGUCCUGACCCUGGAGUGGAACCAUGACCACACUGUGAGGGUGGGGCUGGUGAGGAGGCCACGUGCUGACAGGAUCUGAACAGUGGGGCAGUGAGGCUUAAGGUGAAAGCAGUAUUUCCAACCCCCCUCCUGCCCUUUCAAUAUGUGAGGAUCCUCUGUGGAGAGCUGGUCUGCCACCCCUUUCAUGAUGCAUGUGGUGACAUGCUGGCAUCUAUCCAUGGCAUGGCUUCAACUGGCCCCCUUGUCAUGAGAUGUUGUCUCCUGAGCAAAACACAGAUGGUAAAUAAAGAUAUAUUUUUCUAGUAA